CACAUCCACUUCAAACACAGUCAAAAAUAGUGGCAACAAGAAAGUAUGAAGAGAAGACGAAUUAUUUAAUAAAAGGAUUCCGCCUAUUAUAUUGAUACUAUUUGUAAAAAUUAGUGAAGAAACAAGUGUCGUUAUAACAAGGAUAAAAAUGUUUCUUACGGCCAAUUGUAUAUCGUAAAGAUCAUCUUUAUAAUUAAUCAACAUAGCGGAAGCCAAAGUGAUGACAGAAUAAUAGAACAGAAAAUGUAGAAUAUUAUCAGGAAUACUCUUGUGAUUGUUGUAUUUAAUACUAUGCAGCAUUUGCCGUGAAAAAAGCUGAAAAAUCUUGAUAACACAUAAGUGGCGACCUAUUUGUUUCAAAAUUGGUUCGAACUACGAGAGGUAUUUUGCAAUUGUGUGACAAAUGGCACUGUGAGCCGUGAGAAAUAGAAUAUUAAUUCGUGAUAUAUACUGCUUUGACGUGGUUCAAUCGCAAGUUAGAUUGUGCUUCUAUACAUUUAUGAGAGAGUCGGUCUGAGGAAGUGCACAAUGAUGGAUUUACGAAAGGAACACAUUUCCCUUUUGUUGCCUGUUGGCGAGACCAUUACCGGAACUGGGUCGAGAAAAAGUUUAAAAAGGCAUUGGAAUCAAUUAUCUCGUUUCCAAAAGAAUUUAAUUUGGAUCGCGCUAGUAGCUGUUGGAAUUUUUUUGUUCUUUCUAAUGCCAUACGAUGACACUACCAGUCGAGAGCCGCGGAUAGUUGAAAGGAUGGAGCACAUACAGAUUGCUCCUUUCAAAAAAAGGCACGAGCAUCUAGGCGCAUUGCACCUAGCAGCAGCAAACACAGCACAUCAUGAUAAAGGAGUCGUGGACCGCAGCGAGGUGAAAGAAGUCAGUUUGAAUGGGACACACAAUGGUAAAAAUCGUCUCCGCGCUCACGACGGAGACAGCAAAAAUAUAAUUGACGAACCACCGGUAAUGGAUAGCGCUAUUGAUAAUAACGAUAAUCACAAUCAUUUGGUGGAACAGAGAUUGGACGAGCCAGAGAUUAACGUUGGAGGUGAGGUGCCCCAUGAGGCUACUUUGCAGGUCAUACAAAACGAACUGAAGGAGAUUGUGGACAACGAGGAGAAUGUGUUAGAAGAAAAUCGACGCAGUGACAAUGCCAAAGAUUUUAAGGGACCCACGAAUGACAGACAGCGAGCUGUGAUCGAAGCGUUUUUGCACUCCUGGCGCGGAUACAAGGAGUUUGCUUGGGGCCAUGAUAAUCUCAAACCGAUUUCGAUGAGCUUUUCCGAUUGGUUUGCACUAGGAUUGACUAUUGUAGACAGUUUAGAUACGCUAUACAUCAUGGAUCUUCAAGAGGAAUAUGACGAAGCAAGGAACUGGAUUGACCAGUACUUGCGAUUUGAUGUGAAUCGCGAUGUGAAUCUAUUCGAGGUGACCAUUAGGGUUCUGGGAGGAUUACUGAGCACGUAUCAUUUGAGUGGAGAUAAGAUGUAUUUGGAUAAGGCUCUUGAUUUGGGCCAACGUCUAUUGCCUUGCUUUGACUCCCCAUCUGGUAUCCCAUACUCGGAUGUUAACAUCGAUACGAUGAAAGCUCACCCUCCAAAGUGGUCGCCAGAUAGCUCUACGAGUGAAGUAACAACGCUGCAGUUGGAAUUCAGGGAUUUGUCAAGAACUACCAACGAUCCUGCCUUUGAAACGGCUGCUGCCAAAGUAAACGUGAAGGUUCAUGAAUUGGAGAAAAAUGAAGGUUUGGUUCCCAUUUUCAUCAAUGCGAAUACUGGACAGUUCCGUAACUUUGCAACAAUUUCGCUUGGUGCUCGUGCUGAUUCUUAUUACGAAUAUCUUGUUAAGCAAUGGAUUCAAACUGGUAAAAAGAAUGAUGAUUUCCUCAUCGACGAUUAUAAAACUGCAAUCGAAGGGGUCCUACACCAGUUGGUACGCGUUACACCUAAUGAAAAACACCUCUACAUCGGAGAGCUUAUCAACGGCAAAGACUUCAAACCUAAAAUGGAUCAUCUAACGUGUUAUCUUCCGGGUACGUUACUUUUGGGCUACAAAAAUGGCAUGCCCAAAUCCCAUCUCAAGUUGGCAAACGACCUACUGGAAACAUGCUACCAGACAUAUAUGAAACAACCAACCCAGCUGGCACCAGAGAUUUCCUACUUCAACCUAAACGGUGAAUCCGAAUCCGACAUCUACGUGAAAACGAAUGAUGCCCACAAUCUUUUGCGACCAGAAUUCAUUGAGAGUUUGUACUACUUCUACGCCAUCACUGGGAACAAAACCUAUCAGGAUAUGGGCUGGACUAUUUUUGAAGCUUUUAACAAGUACACCAAGGUGAAGAAUGGAUACACAUCCAUCGGUAACGUCAAAAAUCCCUUGAACACCCGUCCACGCGACAUGAUGGAAAGCUUUUGGUUGGGUGAAACACUGAAGUACUUUUAUCUGCUGUUCAGUGACGAUCGGAACGAGAUUGAUUUGGACAAGUACGUGUUCAACUCGGAGGCACAUCCGCUGCCAAUUCGAGAUGAGUGAAAAGAGCACUGGAAUCCACUGCACCUUGGGCUGGCCUACUGUAAACCGUGCAGGAGGGUAGAUGAUUUUUUAAGAUCCAUGCACAAUUCCACUUCCUUUUUCCAUAAAAUGAUAUUGAGGGACUAAUAAUUUAUAUGAUAUGUAGAUUCAAUUUUGUAGUUCGUCAAAUUUUGAUAAUUUGAAAACCUUAGCACAAUCCUCGCUCCCAAGUAAGUAGAAAACAAUGUUGAUAGUUAGAUAGUUGGUUGUUGAAUACACAAUAGUGAAUUCUGAAAACCGUUGAUAUAUGUUUCCACUUCACACAAUAAGAGGACUUCAAACUAGGUAGUACAUAUGUAUUUUCCAAUUUCCUCUUAUCUUAAUAUAGUUAAUAGAUUAAACGUAAACAAUCCAGAUAUGACGACUUACUGAGCGCUGUACUUGAUUCAUCAGAUUAAAUUUAUUGGAUCAUUAGGAAGUCAUGAUAUCUAUGAGAGGAUUUAGAAAACAAAAAUGUAAAUGUAGAGUUAUUAAAAUUUCAUUUUGUUUGUUCCUUUUGCUUCAAUGAUAACAUUUGUUAUUUCAAAGGACCUUUACACUGGGGUCACUUUUUACGCGGUUUGUAAUUUCUUUUUUCUGGCCUUUCAAUUUAACAAAACAUUGAGUUGAUUCCACGAAAAAAUCACAAAAAAAUCAAAGAAAUAUCAGGUGGUAUUUCUUCUCCAGUCAACGUUGCGAGCAAAGGUGGAGAUGGCGAGUCGAUUCGAGUGGGAAACAUUCUCAACUCUCUGGGUAUAGUG